CCGUCUUUCAAAUUCUAUUUUCGUCAUCCGCAGAAGUUCCUACCAAAAACAACACUAAGCAAUUUGUUUGCCAAUCUACGGAUUUCCUUUCUUAUUUAAACAGUUUUUCAUCUUAAGGUUGAUGCCUUGUGAACUUGGCUAUAUUUAUUUACUAUGGGAGUAGCAGAGUCAAAAAUAUCAUUCAGAAACUCCCUGUUAACAUUGCUUAAAAAACCAGCAAAACCAGAAGAAUACCAGCAUAUUUUUAACUCUUUGAUUAAUGAUAGCGAUGUAUUUUCACUAAUCUUCCCCAAGGAGAUUCAACAAUUUUGCCAAGGUGAAGAAUUCUCACAACUGACAUUGUUGGUCCAAAUUUGUCUCUGGAACAUUAUCUAUUAUGAAAAGAAUGCAAAGAAAAGAAAUUAUAUUGAAACGAAGAAGUCAUCCGUUUUAAAUAGCGUUCAAAUCUUGACAAGAUUGAUUCCUCAUUUGUACGAAUCGAAGAAAUCCAACUCGUGGAUUCGUGCUUACUUGUUUUCUUCUCCAACCGAUGCUUUUAGGAGUAUGCAAUCGCAAUUAGAUAUUUCAAGCUUCUAUCCGGACUUUGAAUUACCCACCGAGACAUGUCUUCUUUCUACCCUCUUAAACUCGGUUCUUCAAAUCUGUUUCUUGCCCGGUUUAUGUCUUUCUAUAAUGAGCUCCGAUGGAGAAAAGAUAUGGUCUUCAGGUCUUGUAUUCCAAAAAUUAGAACACCCUCCUUCCUAUGAUCAUCAACAUCAUCAGUUAACUCUCCUUCGUUUUCUCAUGGUCCUUAUAUCUGAACCCCUUUAUCAAUCUCAGGGACAAAUGGAUGCAAGUGUUUUAGAGCAUCUGCUUGCUAUAAACAAUCGAAAGACAAAUAUAAGAUUGAUAUGCUCUCUCAUCAAUAUCGCAUUUAUUAAUUCUUCCUCCUGGUUACCCAGUGUGCUAAGUCAAUCCUCAAAUGUACUAAGAAGAUAUUCGGCUUUAUUUUUGCUGCAACUCAUUUCUAUCCCAAAACCAAAAACCGUCUCUACCAAUACCGUCUUAGAUAUCUUGAGAAAGCUUCAUCGUUCAGAAGACCUUCAAUUAUUAGCCGCGUCUCUUUUCAAAACCAUAUCGCUCCCGCUAAAGCAUUCUUCAAGCUUAAUUUCACUCUUUCAAAAUACCAGCCAAAACUUGGAGGAAGCAUUAAUCUUCUUCUUCAUACUUCUCACCAACCAUUUUCGGUUUGCUAACGAACUUGAAAAACUUCCAUUUCUCAAUGAAUUGAUAUCAUCGCUUCUAUACAUCUUCAUUAAUUAUGACUCUAGUGAAGACGCAAAUAUCGGAUUCAUUUCUCAAAUUGCUGGAUACAGUUUACAGCAAAUUCUGAGUAAAAAAGAAUUAGUCGAAUCCUUUGCUAAAUGCAACGCUUCAUCCAUGCUUCCUCUAUCUUCUCAAAAGUUACCAAUUUAUGAACUAAACAUAACAAAUUAUAUUUUAUUGACUUUGGCCAUACAUAUAAAUAAUGGUCGUCAUUCUCAACAUCUAGCUGGACUUAUACUUUCUAACGUCUUGCUGAAUAUUUCGAAUUUACCUCUAAUGGUUUUGGAGCAUCUUGUAACUCUUAUCAGUCAUUACCUUGAGCCUAAUGUUCUGCUCACGAAAAAAUCCAAUGCAAUUUUAUUAAAACAGCUUCUUUCGGGUUUGAUUAUGACGAUAUCAAAAAACUUAGAUGAAAACUAUCUAUUGAUCAAUUUUUUGAAAGAGAACUCAAAUCGCUUCGGACCGUUACUGCAAUGCUCAAAAAAGGACUUCAAGGAUUCUUUGCAAAGCUAUAAAUCAGUCCAUUCUAAUUUCACAGAUUCGGAUUUGAACUGGUAUCUCGCAUGGUUUGCUGAGUCCAAAAUCCCGUUGCUAAGGGAUUUGAUAUCAUCAGAAAAUGGAAAAUCUGUUUUGAUGGAUCCACUAAACCUUCGAAGUCUUGAGGUUGAGCCCUGCUAUGUUGAGUAUACUACAAACAUUCAAGAUUGGAUUUACUUUAACUUAUGGAGGAUUAUAUUAAGACAAUGCUCCAGUAAUGCUCCGGUUGCUUUAUCUCCUUGGUCAGGUACAGCCGUUACAUUGUUUGAAAUUCGUGAAGAACCUCAAGCUUCACCGGCGUCACAAGUUCUACAGAAUUUACAAAACAGAUUCUUUCAAAUUUAAUAGACAAUCUUGCUCAAUAUACGCGUAUCAAACUAAAAUUAACUACAUAGGUUCAUAGUUUUUGUAUGAAAACUAAAAAUUUCAAAUAAAAAAAAUAUAUAUUAUACAAACUAAACG